UAUGCGUUAACACACACACACACUCAAUUUUGGUGAUAUUUUUUUUCAGUAAAGGAAUAAGGGACCCAAGCGAUGGGUGAAGUUAAAGCGAUGAAGCUUCUCUCUAUUUAAGUCCUUAAGCCGACUGACUAAUCACACUAUUUCUCUCUUGUCUCUCUACGGAACCUGUCUUCCUGUCUUCCUGUCUUGUCCAAAAUCGGAAUCAGUCCACGGAAGCAAGAUGAAGCUUAAUGAUCGAAGACUGAGGCUAACGGAGCUACUCUUACGGAUCUCCAUCAGUGUCCUCUCCCUUCUUGCGCUUAUCUUGAUUGUUACAGACUCUGAGGUCAAGCUUAUCUUCACAAUCAAGAAGAAGGCCAAGUACUCCGAUAUGAAGUCGGUUGUGUUCUUGGUGGUGGCUAAUGGGAUAGCUGCGGUUUAUUCUUUGUUGCAAUCAGUUCGUUGCGUGGUGGGUACUAUGAAAGGAACUGUUUUGUUCAGCAAGCCUCUUGCUUGGACCAUAUUCUCUGGUGAUCAGGCUAUGGCGUACUUGAGUGUGGCGGCCAUAGCAGCAACAGCAGAGUCUGGUAUGAUUGCAAGGGAAGGAGAGGAAGACUUGCAAUGGAUAAAAGUGUGCAAUAUGUAUGGCAAGUUCUGUAACCGAAUGGCUAUAGGAGUAUCCAGCGCCUUGUUUGCCUCCAUUGCUAUGGUUUUCGUCUCUUGCAUCUCUGCUUUUAGUCUUUUCCGCUUGUACGGUGCGACCAAGGACCGCAGAACCUCGCCGUGGUGAAGGGAAAUGCGCAUUGUGUUUAGUAGUGUAGGCUCUUGUUUUUCUACUUCUUUUUCUUGAUGAAUGAUGAUCUUUCUAUGUGACAAAUCAUAUGUAAAACUGGACUGAUAUGUUCUUUGGUGUCGUCAAUGUGCCAUAUUCUGUGAUAAAAAAAAACAAGACUAUGAGUUUUGCUUUGUAACCUCUUUACGGUAUAGAAUGUACUGCUUCUAUAGUUAUGUGUAAGAAAAUAUCAAAUCCA